AUGUGGAGACUGCUGUCCAUGACAUGCUGUCCAUGGUGCAGGAAAUCCCUAACGGGGCUAACUCUGAGCAACAAUGGCGGAAGGUUAGGGUUAGGGCUUGUCCCGGUCCGCGGAUUGAAGACCUUAACGCUGCCGGACCUGCCCUACGACUAUGGGGCACUAAAGCCCCACAUUAGCGGAGAGAUCAUGCAGCUCCAUCACCAGAAGCACCACAAGACCUACGUCACCAACUUCAACAACGCCCUCGAGAACCUCCAUCAGGCCAUGAACAAAGGGCAGCCAUCCACCGUCGUCGAGUUACAGAGCGCCAUCAAAUUCAACGGCGGUGGUUCGCUUUUAAUGUGCUACAUUGUACUUGAUUUUGAUUUUAGGCUUAAGGCAUGA